AUGGCUACCAGCGCUGACAUCAUCACGCUUGACAACUUUGAGGAGCUGCUGCCAAGAUGGGACCCCGCAGGCUCCAAUCACCUAUAUGCGAUUGUUGAUAUGGGCAGCAACGGCAUCCGCUUCUCCAUCUCGGACCUCACUCCUCCACAAACCCGCCUCCUCCGGCCCAUCUACCGCGAACGCGCCGGCAUCUCCCUCUUUGACGCCCUCAACUCCGCCUCCACCGCCGCCUCUGAGCCCCUCACCUUCCCCCCGGAAACAAUCACCCAGGUCGCAAAGACCCUAGCCCGCUUCCGUCGCAUCGCCGUCUCCUAUGGCGUUCCGCCCGCCCACUUCUCCGUACUCGCCACGGAGGCCAUGCGCCGCGCCGCAAACGCCCGCGACAUGCUGACAGCCAUCCGCGAGGCCGCCGACAUUGGCGUCCAUGUCUUGGCCCCCGAGGUCGAGACUCUCUUCGGCGCCGUCAUGGGAUCGCGGUCUGCCUUCGUCGACGUUGCCCGCGGCGGCCUGUUCCUUGACCUCGGCGGUGGCUCCGUGCAGAUGACCUGGGUCGACACGCGGCUACCAGACUACGAGGUCGCCGCCGCCAAGGCGGGUGAGAGCAUGCCGUUCGGCGCCGCGAGGCUGAUUCGCAUCCUCGAGGGGCAGUCGGAGGAAGUACGCAUCCAGGAGAAGCAGAAACUCAACGCGAGCAUGCAGGGCGCCUUUGCAAAGUUGUGCGACAAGUUCCCCGCGCUCGCGCAAGCAAAGGCGGAUCACGAGGCCGCCCACUCCUCCUCCACCACCACCGCCGCCACCACGAACGGCAGCAGCGUGGUACUCGGCGGCAUUGACGCCUACCUCUGCGGCGGCGGCUUCCGCGGCUACGGCUGCAUGCUCCAGCACAACGACCCGAUCCAGCCGUACCCGAUCCCCUCGGUGGGCACCUACACCGUCACGGGCGACUUCUUCAAGCAGACGGACAAGAUGCGGCGUGUCAACCGCGAGCACGAGGGGAAAAUCUACGGCAUGUCGAAGCGCAGGCGGCAGCAGUUCCCCGCCAUCAUCGAGGUCGUCGAGGCCUUCAUCCGCACGGUACCGCACCUGCGCACCGUCACCUUCUGCGGCGGCUCCAACCGCGACGGCGCGCUGCUGAUGAAGCUGCCCAAGAGCGUGCGGGAGAGCAACCCGCUCGAGGCGCUCGCCGGCUUUCCGAUCCAGGGCCACGAGGAGAGCGGGGGCGCAGGUAGUGGUGGGGACUUGGCUGUUGCGCAGGCAAUCCUGAGGACGCUAUACGGCGCCGUGCCGAAGAAUGUUGACGUAUCGCGGACGCCGACGGUCUUCUCGCUGGGCCUGGGACCGCUUUUUGCGAGGCAGGUUUGGAUUCACCAGGGCGAGGACGACGAUGCGAAUGCGUCGUAUGCGCUCCACGAGGCUGUUACGCGGGACCCUAGCGCGCCUGGGCUGACGCACCUCGCGAGAGCGGUGCUUGGCCUGACGGUGUGCGCGCGGUGGGGGUCGAACUUGGGCCCGAUUGAUGCGCAGCUGUACGGGAACCUGAGGGGUCUCGUCGCGGAGGCGAAGCUGGAGAGCGUGUUUUGGGCAGAGUAUCUUGGUGCUGUGGCGGCUGUCAUGGUUGAUCUUGUGCCGGCGUGGCCUACCAGUGUCGAGGAGCUUGAGUCGACUUUGAGAUUCGAAGCUACGCAGACGUCGGACCCCGAGAAAAAGAGGGCGAGCAUCGAUUUGACCGUCCACGUUGCACCCGGCGCGGCAGUCGGCAUCGAUCCUGCGGAUGUCAUGGGUCGGUUGGCGAAUGUUGGCAAGAAGCGCAAGGACGGGACGAAGCCGGACAAGAAGGUUUCGGUCAAGAUUGUGGAAAUGAAGUAG